AUGCAGGAUGUGGCUCUGGGCGAGCUCCUUCGUGCAUACCAGACCGUGUCGUUGACCACUAACGUACCGAUCGUGUCUUUGGGUGUGGACUUCGAUGCCAGCAAGAAAGCUGACACUGCGGUGCAGAUGGCAGAGAUUCGCCAGCAGGCGCUGAUGGGGGCAGGAAAGCGCCGCAGCAUCUUCUUUGGCAUCGGGACCAACAAGACCAUAGCAGAUCCAAACAAGAAGGGCAAGGCUGGGAACGGAUAG